GAAAAUGCAAUGGGGGUUUGAAUGCCCUGGAUAUAAGACUUCAUAGGAGAACUGUGGGGUGCCCACAAGCAAAAUGGCCGCAUUAGCACCAUCUGGACUUCAGUGGGACACCCUGGAGCAGAGGAAACACCAAGGGGAGAACCUGUAUUACCAGAUCUACGUGUGGAAGUUGCAGCAGCUGCCUGCAGAUGUGCACAGGUUCUGUGACCCAGAGCUACCUGCCCCUCGCAGAAAAGAGCUGCUCCACAUGCUCAGGAGCCUGGAGGAGGACUCCAGCUGCCAGAGACUGCAGAUCUUGUUCUCCUUCUCUGUCCCCAGUCCACAGGUGUUGGAGCUGCUGUGCAGUCUGCGUCUGCCUAUGGUCUCUGCUGGAGCUGGUACAGGUUACUGGGAGUAUUUACUACAAAGGCUAGGCCUAGAUGUGGUAUCUUUCGACCAGAACAGUAUUUUCCCAUCUGAGAUGCGCUAUACAGAAAUCAUGACUGGGGGCCCUGAAUUGCUUGAGCACUUUCCAGACAGAGCAUUGUUCUUGGCAUGGCCAGAUGCAGAUGAGUCUUCUCGUUUCUCUCUGGAUUGCCUGUCCUACUUCAGGGGUCAAACACUCUUCCAUGUUGGUGAGCUACUUGGAGAAACCAUGUCAUCCAAUCCUUGGGGUCAAUCGACCUCACGUGAUUUCCAGCUGGCAUUAGCUGAGGAUUUCUGUUGUGUCAAGAGACUAAAGCUGCCCAGUUGGCCUGGCCAGGUUGACUCGUUCAGCAUGUGGAGGAGAAAAAGUUCCCAGCUGGUGCUGUGUGAUGGUGCUCACUUCCAAUAUGUGGAGACACAAGUGGAAACAAAUAACCAGCUGUAACCACAACACAUCAACCAUUCUUCCAUUUACAGACAAUGAUUGUGUUGUAUACAACCGUAAAAACUGGAAAGCAAGUUGAUAGUCUUCAACUAUGAACUUCAAUCAUGAAUGUUGCCUACAAGCCAUUAAAUCUCACGCAGAUCUUCCAGUGAAGGCGUUUACACUAUUCUAUCCAGUGAUUGAUAUCCAUAUUGUGUUGUUAAAUAUGGUGGUUCAGCUAUACUGCAUGCAAUGCAUGGAAACAUUGUCAUUGGUUUAUUUAAGACCUCUUUCAGUUUUCAAAAUUAAUAUUUAUUUGAAGAAUGUUGGAUGAAGUUUAUUUGCAAAUGUUCUGUUAUAUGGUUGUCUUCCUUGGAUUGCUUGUGAUUUGUCUGAAUUUCUAAUACAU